AUGCUGGCGCACUUUGGGACGGCCGUCUGGGUUGGGACGGCCGUCUGGGUUGGGACGGCCGUCUGGACUGGGACGGCCGUCCCAAAUGGCAAAUUUACACAGAACGGGACCCCCAGGGAAGCCGGGACGACCGUCCCACUUAAACUGGGUUUGGGACGGCCGUCCCACGUUCGGGACGCGCGUCCCAACUGCUUAAUUGCAGUUGGGACGGCCGUCCCACUUUUGGGACCGUGGUCCCGGCCUGUUUUGUCCAGUCUUCGCGUUUUGGGACCCCGGGAAGCUUUCCUUGCCGUUUUCGGACGUAGAUUGAUGCUGAUGUGUGUCCGUUGA